CUCUCUCUGCGCUUUACCGGUGGAACCAGAGGCCCUGCAUUAUCUCGUGUUUCUGUAGCAGACUGAUAUUACGCUUCUUCGACAUCAUGGUUGAUCAGUUUGUUGGGACCUGGACUCUAACUGCCAGCGAGAACUUUGAUGAAUACAUGAAAGCGAUCGGCGUGGGCUUCGCCACCCGGCAAAUGGGCAACCUGGCGAAGCCCAACCUGGUGAUCACCGUGGACGAUGCUGGGCUCAUUUCAAUGAAGGCUGAAACCACGUUCAAGACCACAGAGAUCAAAUUCAAGCUGAGCGAAGAAUUCGACGAGACGACAGCCGACGGCCGAACGACCAAGACCAUCAUCACUCUUGAGAAUGGCAAACUUGUGCAACAACAGACAUGGGAUGGAAAGAAAACGACACUAGAACGAGAGCUUCAAGAUGGAAAAAUGACAGCUAAAUGUGUCAUGGAUGACGUGGUUGCAGUGAGGACCUAUGCGAAAGAAGCUUAAUUAACAAGUUGUUUAGACUGGCCCAAUGUUUAAUUACCAGACCCCGAAUGCACCAAGCUAUUGCCAAUAAAGUCUGAACUGUGACACUUCAA